CCCGGUCUCGCUACACUCUCUCCCCGCGACUCAGCAGCAGCAUGUCUGGCAGAGGCAAGGGCGGGAAGGGGCUCGGCAAAGGGGGCGCCAAGCGCCACCGCAAGGUGCUGCGCGACAACAUCCAGGGCAUCACCAAGCCGGCCAUCCGGCGCCUGGCGCGGCGCGGCGGCGUGAAGCGCAUCUCGGGGCUCAUCUACGAGGAGACGCGCGGCGUGCUGAAGGUCUUCCUGGAGAACGUGAUCCGCGACGCCGUCACCUACACCGAGCACGCCAAGCGCAAGACGGUCACGGCCAUGGACGUGGUGUACGCUCUCAAGCGCCAGGGGCGCACCCUCUACGGCUUCGGCGGCUAAAAGGCCUUUCAUUUCCCGGACCAUCUCGAGAACCCAAAGGCUCUUUUCAGAGCCACCCACUUAAACUGGAAAAGAGCUGUGUUGCGUCAAAGCUGGUAAAAGAACGUGAACGGUUUUAAUACUUUUUUCCCUACAUGCUAUCUUAUGUAUUUAAUUUUUUUUAAAAAUUCUGGUUAAGUACAGGCUAACUAAAUGCAUGAUGCUGUUAAAAUUACAUAAUUGUUAUGUUUGAUAUAUUGGGGAACAUACGAAGCUUAUUGAUUUUCAGUAUCGAUAACAGCAUUGGAAUCUAGCAAGCCUAGAUAUUUUAACUUGCUCUCCAGUAAAGACAAGCAUUUAAUAAUAACACACUCUUAAACUGGUGGUUCUGAUACUUGGUAAACUCGCCUGGCUCAGGCA